CAGUCUUGUUUUUAAAUAAUAUAAUGUAUCGAAAAAUAUCCUUAAAAAUUCAUGGGUUUUGUCUGAAAUAAACAAAAUUUUAAUAACCAGACGAUGAAUAGCAGCAUCAAUAUCAGCAACAAAGUGUUGAACACAUUAAGGUUAAAGAACCCAAAGCUUUUAUUACUCGAAUCCUGCAACAAUUUAUCUCAAUUGAAGAUCAUCCAUGGUUAUAUGAUAAGAACCCAUAUCAUCUUCGACAUUUUCGCAGCUAGUCGAUUGAUUUCCCUUUGUAUAAACAACCCUUCAUUCGGGCCAUUUUCAUUAAAUUAUGCUCACAAUGUUUUUUCCCAAAUCGAAACUCCAAAUCUUUUUAUGUACAAUGCUUUGAUCAAAGGAUUUUCUGGUGAAAACCCAAUUAAGGGUUUCGAGUUUUACGUUCGAAUGUUGAGGGCAAACAUUGUUCCUGAUAAUCUUAGUUUUCCAUUUUUGGUAAGGGCUUGUGCACAGUUGGAAGGCAUUGAUAUGGGGAUUCAAGCUCAUGGUCAAAUUGUAAAACAUGGGUUUGAAAACGAUGUUUAUGUGCAGAAUUCGUUAGUUUAUAUGUAUUCAACGUGUGGAGAUAUAAAGGCUGCUAACGAAGUGUUUAGUCGAAUGUUGUCGCCGAAUGUGGUUUCAUGGACGUCGAUCAUUGCUGGGUUUAAUAAAAUUGGGGAUGUUGAAAUGGCACGUGAACUGUUCGAUAGAAUGCCUGAGAGGAACUUGGUUACUUGGAGUACAAUGAUUAAUGGGUACGCUAAGAACAAUUGCUUUGAAAAAGCUGUUGAAUUGUUUCAGAUACUAAAAGAUAAAGGGAUUAAAGCUAAUGAAACUGUUAUGGUUAGUGUAAUUUCUUCUUAUGCUCAUUUGGGUGCAAUUGAAUUAGGUGAAAAAGCUCAUGAUUAUGUUGUGAAGAACAAUUUGAGUUUGAAUGUGAUUCUUGGGACGGCUUUAGUAGAUAUGUAUGCAAGAUGUGGGAGUAUUGAGAAAGCUAUUAAAGUGUUUGAUCAAAUGCCUGAAAGAGAUGUUCUUAGUUGGACUGCUCUUAUUGCUGGAUUAGCAAUGCAUGGUUAUGCAGAGAAGGCAAUUUGGUUCUUUUCAAAAAUGGUGAAUUCCGGGUUAAAACCGAGAGAUAUUACGUUUACGUAUUUGUUAUCUGCUUGUAGCCAUGGCGGAUUAGUUGAAAAAGGUUUAGAGUUGUUCGAGAGCAUGAAAAGAGAUUACGGGAUUGAGCCAAGGUUGGAGCAUUACGGUUGCGUUGUGGAUUUGCUUGGCCGAGCAGGGAAGUUAGCCGAAGCGGAGAAGUUUGUGCUUGAAAUGCCGGUAAAACCGAAUGCACCUAUUUGGGGUGCACUUCUCGGAGCUUGUAGGAUUCAUAGAAACGCAGAAAUUGCAGAAAGAGUGGGGAAUAUAUUAAUCCCUUUGUUGCCGGAACACAGCGGCUAUUAUGUGUUGCUUUCGAACAUUUAUGCACGUACAAACAGGUGGGAAAAUGUUGAAACUAUGAGGCAGAUGAUGAAGGAAAAAGGUGUUAAAAAGCCGCCAGGUUAUAGCUUGAUCGAGGUUGAUGGGAAAGUACAUAACUUUAAAAUGGGUGAUAAAUCACACCCGGAAAUUGAAAUGAUCGAACGAAAAUGGGACGAGAUUCUUCGGAAGAUAAGAUUGGCAGGUUAUACGGGGAAUACAUCCGAUGCAUUGUUUGAUAUCGAUGAGGAAGAAAAAGAAAAUGCUCUACAUAGACAUAGUGAGAAGCUUGCUAUUGCUUACGGGAUUAUGAGAACUGAGGCUCCAGUGCCAAUCCGAAUAGUGAAGAACUUGCGAGUAUGCGAAGAUUGUCAUACUGCGACGAAGCUGAUUUCAAAGGUUUUUGGGCGUGAGUUGAUCGUGAGAGACCGGAACCGGUUCCAUCAUUUUAGAGAAGGUUCUUGUUCUUGUAUGGAUUACUGGUAAUAACUUAUGAUUAGGGUCGGUGAAAUAACUCAUGUCUGGUUUGACUCGACCCUAUAGGAAUGAUUUUUAAAUGAAAAUCGAGUUCGAGGGCGAAGCCGGUUGUAUUUUUUUAUUAAAGUUUCCAGGGAAAGGUAUCGAGAUAUCUACUAAAGUCGGCGAGCUUUUCUCAUACUGUCAAUUGAAAGCUUAACCCUGUAAAACUUUUUCCACCCAACGGUCUUGUUUUUCAAAUAUAAGAAGGAAGAGGCAAAUCUCCAAACAAA